AAGUUAUAUAUUCAAGAAAUGGUUUCAUACUUUAACUGUUACUAUGACAGUUAUGAGCUCCACCAUGUCCGCAACAGCUAAGCGAGCUAAAACUAUUUAUCUUAACUUUUUUUCUAGAAAAGUAACGGAACAUGAAAUUACGUUUUCGGGGUGCGCAUGGUUUUCCACUUAUUAACAAAUGUGCAGUGUACGUGUCUGCUUAAGCAAACUCUACGUGAGGGAUGUUCAUUCUUGCUCUCGAAAAUCGACCACCCUGCAUAUCAUCAGAAAUAGAAAUGAAAAGCCCCGGCCGCUUUACACAAAUACUAACGUCCGCUAUAGUACAAUGCGUACUUCAUGUGAAGAAAUGGAUAUAAAAUUUCACUGUGUUCCUUCACAUUAUUCUAGGUGUAGAAAACAGCAAAAAUGAAUAGAUGAAUUAUUAGAUGAAUACUGCGUGUUUUAUAUUGAACAAGCUAUUGAACUUUAGUGUGAUUCAUCAUAUUCAACAUUGAUCAAAUACGUGUAUCUAACAGUACUGAAAUAUGAGUGAAGCAUUUUGAUACAUAGAAAGCAUUUCAGGUACCUCUGUGUAAUGUCUUACAAUAUUAAGAAAGCGCAAGACUUAUUCCGUUGUUUCUUUAUAGCUGUUUAUUUACUUUCUGUUCCGGAUUGUGAUGUCACGUGUGUUUCCUCCGGCACUUUCAAUUUCCCCCCACGGUCCAAAAACGUGCCGUGUUUCAUUGUAUUGGUGCCUACAUUUUCUUCAUGUCGGUCUGUGUUUGAUUAAAGCAGGGAGACAUAGAAACAGGGGGAGCGGUUUUUAAGGUGUUUCUGAGAUACCUUGACUUAAAUGUAGUGUCACAUGGUUACACAUCACUAAUGGGCCUUUUUAAUGGCAGCCAAACUGACAUGAAAUAGUAUAACAAGCACAGGUGUAAGUAAUAUCAUUAAUUAAACGUUACAAAUAUGCAACAAUGAAAUUUAAUGGAAGCUUCAUUAAUGUCAUUGCAGACACCUGUACUUGCCAAACUAUUGAAAAGGCCCACAUGGCUAGUAAAUAUGGCUAAUAAAUGCCCUGCAUUCAUCAGAGGUGAAUGAGGUUUGCAAAUCGUUCUAGUGUGUGAUGACAUGAGGCCUCGUCAGAGAGGAGGGCACUUGGGCCUGCUCCUGCUGGGUUACCAGCUGUUGCAGAUGGGCCUUGAUAACAUCCCACCUGUCACACUGGCUGUUCUCGCAUUGAACAUUUACCUCUUCUUGGCCCCCCUGGCAUCACCCAUUCAAGCUUGUGUCAGUGUGCAGCAGGCCUGCUGGAACAGGGACUGGCGGCGUCUGCUUCUCGCUCCCCUGCACCAUGCAGAUGACUGGCAUCUCUACUUCAACAUGGUGUCACUUCUCUGGAAGGGCUCACGUCUGGAGCGCAGGCUGGGUGGGGCCUGGUUUUCUUACCUGUUAAUUAUGGUCACCUUGACCACAGGAAUGGUGUACCUGCUCCUGGCCAUGGGUCUCUCUGAGCUCACCCAAGACCCUUCCUACAGCUUGCAGUGUGCGAUUGGAUUUUCAGGAGUACUGUUUGCCUUGAAAGUGAUUAAUAACUAUUACAGUCCAGGUGGUGUCACCAACUUGAUGGGCAUACCUGUAUCCAAUCAGAUAGCUUGUUGGGUUGAACUUGUUCUCAUCCAUCUUCUUUCACCAGGUACAUCUUUUAUUGGACACUUGGCAGGGAUCCUGGUAGGACUUCUUUAUGUCAAAGGUCCUCUAAAGGUGACAAUGCAGACAUUUGCAGGGUUUUUGACAUCAGAUCAGUCAAAUGCAGGAAGACAGUACUACAGAUAUUCAGGACGCAGUGGCCAAAGUGCAUGGCACCAGCCAAACCCGGAGCUCCACGCCUACACAGGAGGUCUCUCUGAAGAGGAGCAGUAUGAGGAGGCUAUCAGGGCCAGCCUGAGUGAGAGAGGGGGUGCUACACGCGACAGAAUGCUGUAUGGAUUUGUGAAUGCAGAGGAGCUCCGACAGAAGCGGCUACAGAGAUUUGAUCAGUGAUCAGUUACUGAUAUUUAAUAUUAUUAUAGGCAAUUACUGUCAGCUAUAUAAAAUGUCACUGUUUUAAAAAUUACAUUCUAAAGUAUAUGAAAGAAUCUCUGUUUGGUUUAAAUAAAGGGGAUUUUUAUUUAUCCUAGUCUACGUGAUGGAAGAUCAAAGAUAUUUUUGGAUUAAAAAAAUAAAAAUGUUACUAGUAAGUGAAGGUAUGACAAGACUGUUUACUUUUAAUACAGUUCAUAAAGUGCUCUGUGGUGAGUUUUGCCUUAUUGGAAAUAACUCUGUUGUGCAUGAUAAUGCCAUAUAAUAUAAAAUUCUAUUUUGGGUCA